ACGCAUAUGACAGUGCACUGCAGUUUGCAUAGUUUAUUUCAAGAUCAAAUAUGGCUUCCUUCCAUGCUUAUGUGUUUCUAUCGUUUAUGUGGACUAUUUCGGCGUUAGUGUUGCAUCGACCCCAGAGCUGCGGCGAAAGCUUUGGACUCGGUGGAUACCUGCGAUCCAUAGAUCUGGUGCCAUGCGACAAGGAACCAUGUGCAGUCUAUUCAGGCCACACAUACAACGCCACCAUUAGUUUCACUGCUCAUAUCAGCAGUCUGUUAGUCACUGAGACUUUUGACGCCAAGCUGGGAGACUUCCCUGUUUGGGAAGUGUUCCCGAUAAUCCCGCCCAAUCCCUGUGUUAGAGGACUGCAGUGCCCAAUAUUGGCAGGAACAACUUACACGUAUACUGCCAGUGUUACAACUCCAACGGACGCUACGGAGAUACUGAACGUGACGGGAAGAUUGAGACUUCGAGACGACAGAGGCGAUAAAAUACUGUGCUACGAGUUCCCGUUGAUGUUGAAUGAUCCAGCACGUGAUCCUAAAACAAUCAUUGGCUAAAGAUGUAUCUUGUAUACUGAAUAUUUUCCUCUGAAAAUAUACGUGUUGAAUGUUUGUAUUGUUUUGGUGAAUACCUUUAUACAUUUUUUGAAUAAAUGGUCGAUGAAAUGUAAA